CGCGCGAAUUUUAUUUAAACAAAUAUUAAUAAAAACGUAAUUACUCUCAAGUCACAUUUGACAUUUGGCUUUCACCAAAUGUAUCUCCAAAUACUUAGUUAUUAGUAUCAUAUACCAGAUCAAUUAUAAUACAUAUUAUAUUAUUAUACAACACAUGAAGUUUAUUAUUCGUAAUUAUUACUUUACUUAUGAUCGCAAAACUAAGUCUAAAGUGGUUUAUCUAUGACAUUAGAAGUCAAAAUAUUUAAAUUUCACACCUUUUAAAAAAUAUUUAUUCACGAUUUAAAAGCAUACCCCGAAUAUAUCAUCUAUAUUAGAAACUAAAGAUGUCUUACAAUUUGGGCUUUAUCGGUGGAGGCAAUAUGUCUACAGCAAUUUUUCAAGGGAUAUUGAGAAAUGGUGACCAUCCAGCAUCGAAGAUUUGGGUAUCGGGACCUCAUUUGGAAAAUCUAUUACACUGGAAAGAACUAGGUGCAAACAUAACAAAUAAGAAUGGAGAUAUUUACAGUACCUGUGACAUGAUAUUUCUUGGAGUCAAACCACAAUUUUUAUCGAAUGCUAUAAGUGACUGUUACAAUACGUUACCUCUGAAUAUGCCGCCAAAGAAAGUAUUAUUUGUUUCUAUAUUAGCUGGUACUAAUAUAGAACAAUUACACAAGGCUCUGAGUAUUCUACCUGGUGAGAAACAAGUUGUCAGAACAUUGCCAAACACUCCUAUGGCAGUUGGUGCUGGAGCCUGCUUAUACACACCAGAUAAUACAGUCACUGAAGAACAGUGCAGAAAGAUUGAAAUGCUUCUCUCAGGAUGUGGUGUUUGUGAAAGAGUAGCUGAACAUUUAAUAGGAUCUUUAGGGUCUCUUAUUGGAUGUGGCCCUGCUUUUAUGUAUAUUGCAAUUGAAGCCUUAGCCGAUGGUACAGUGAAACAAGGUGCACCCAGGGCCUUAGCAAUGAGACUUGCUGCCCAAAUGGUCAUGGGUAGUGGAAAAAUGGUGCUAGGGAAUACUAAACAUCCUGGGCUCUUGAAGGAUGAAGUCUGUUCACCUGGUGGAUCAACCAUCUGUGGUGUCACUGCAUUGGAACAGGGCAAAUUCCGGGCAACAUUGAUUAAUGCAAUCGAAGCGGCAGUGUUACGGACUAAGGAAAUGGAAAAGAAAUAAAAACACUGUUCACUCACUCGAUUUUGGCAUGAUGUCGAUGUGUGGGACAUGCGUAUAAGCUAAAUCGAAUUGGAAGGUAAAAACCGUAUGUUUAUUGCUAUGCUUAAAAACAUAUUAACAACAAAAAGUUUUGUUACGGUGGAAAAUAUGUGAAAUUCAGAUUUGAGUUUGUUUCGCGUUCUAGAAUAUGUAACACACAUUAUGGUUUUUAUCGGCAUAUUUAUGUUAAAUGUCUCUAUCUCUAACAAGAAUCUGACGUAUUUGUAUGUUUUAGUUCUAAUUUUAUUGGAAAAACUGAAGAAAUUACUAGAUUAUAAUCAUAUUCAUAUCUCGGAAUAGAUGAAUAAAGUCAGCUAAAAGUGCUAGAUUUCGCACAGUAACUCUUCUAUAGCACCACUUAGUACGCAAACAAAAUACUAAUCUAGCAGCUUUAAAUUUUUGAGCGCUGAUGAAUCUAAAUUAUCGCUGGAAAAAAACAGUAAUUUCUUUGGUUUAGGUACUCAAACUUCUGUAAUUUAUACAUCGACGCUACGUCAGUGACCACGAUUUGUAAAAAAGUGUAAGUAAUUUUAUUGAAUCUCGAUUUUUUCUAUGAUCUGUUAAUAAAAAUAUCUAAAUAUUUAAAAGCCCAAUCAAAUUGAGCAUAAAUUCCUAUAUAUUAAGAAUAACAGUAUUAACCAUAUUAAUAAUUACAGUAUUUAAGUGGAAAGUUAAACGAUACAAUACUCAAUUGUUGGAAUCUUGUACCUCAUUUCUGUUUUGCUGUGUUUGUAAAUGAAUAAUAAACUAUGGAGCUCCAUGUC